AUGCUGCCGUCUUCGUUCACCAGGCUCGCCGGCAAGGCCAACUUCCUUCUUCUGGUCUCCUCCCUCUUCCUCUUCAUCUCCGUCUUCAUUCUCAUCCUCCCCCGCCCUUCUCCCUGUCCAUCCCCCGGCUUCCUCUCCGACACUCUUCCGCUCCGCCACACCGGCGGCGUCGGCGAUGGUUCCGGCGCGGCACCGACGGCGGUGCGGCACCUCGUCUUCGGCCUCGCUUCCUCCGCCCGGUCCUUCCCUCACCGCCGCCGGUACAUCCGCUCCUGGUGGGAUACCUCCCGCAUGAGGGGCUUCGUCUUCCUCGAUUCCCCCCUUUCCGUGGAGGACGCGACCGCGAACGUGAACGCGAACGUGAACGCGAGCGAGCCGCCAAUCCGCAUCUCCGCCGACGUCUCCGGGCUUCCGUACACCUUCCCCGGCGGCGGCCUGCGGUCGGCCGUACGCGUGGCGCGCGUGGCGAGAGAGCUCGUCGGCGCAGCCGAGGGCAUGGAAGGGGUGCGGUGGGUGGUGCUUGGGGACGACGACACCGUCUUUUUCCCGGAGAAUCUGGCGGCGACGCUUCGGAGGCACGACUGGGAGCAGUGGCACUACGUCGGGAGCAGCUCCGAAGCCGUGGUGCAGAACGAGAAGUAUUCCUUCGACAUGGCCUUCGGCGGCGGCGGAUUCGCCUUGAGCUGGCCGCUGGCGAGGGCGCUGGCCCGCGUUCUGGACUCUUGCCUGGUACGUUACGCCCACCUCUACGGCAGUGAUGCGAGGAUCUUCUCAUGCCUGGCGGAGCUCGGCGUGGGGCUGACGCGGGAUCUCGGCUUCCAUCAGGUCGCAGAAAUCUAUUCCUAGAAAACUAUCUCCACAUGUUCAUCUCUCUUCAUCUCGUUCCCUGCUUUUCACAAGAACUUGAUGAGAAUUCACCAUCGUUUCUCCAAAUCCAUUUUUCUUCCUCUUGUAAAAAAAACACGAGCAUAAGGAUUUGAUCAUUAUUUGAGAUACGAGCAUUAAUUUUCUAGUCCCAAUACUUUGUGACACUGUCGUAUCAUGUGGUUAUAAUUCAUUAUAGUACACACUGCUUAUUACCCAUUGGUUUUUGAUUUCGAUGAACUGACUCUUCAACAUAGCCUCGCAACUCAAGGGUUCAUCCUCAGUUCUAGCUUCAUUUUCGUAGCUAGCUACCAUAACUAAAAUACAAUAACUUAGCAUAACAUUUCUAUCCUGUACUGUAUGAAAUUUUCGGCUCCUGGAGAUAGAACCGACGAACAUAUGCCAUUCAUGACCCAUUGGUUUUAGGUUGGUUGAACUGUUUCUUUCAGGAGGUUAUCCCUAAUCUUUGGUUUACUGUUGCUUGUGACUUCAUUGGCUUGUGUAGAAUUAUUUCAAAUUGAAUGAGACUUGUAAAAACAUAGUUAGAUCAUUAUUCAUAUAGCAAGCAUAAUUGUCUCAUCCCACCAUUGUGCGGAACUAUUUAGUCCUAUUGUUAAAACUUAUGCAAGUGCACUACACAUUACCCAGUAGUUUUAAGUUACAUGAACUGGUUCUCUGUCACGACAUCAUAACCUAGAGCUCGUCCUCUGUCGUGAGGUCAUUUGCAUUGGAAGAAUAGUCCCACAUUGAAUGACGAGUGUUAAAUACUAUAAUAAAAGUAUAAGAGGGAAAGCGAUCUAAUUCCUUUAUAUACUCUUUCUAUUUUAUAUUUAAUGCAUGAUCAGAAGAAUCAGCUUCGGGUACAUCUCAGAACAUUACUUAAAGUUUCAUUCUAUUUUGAGUUUAGCAAAUGAGACGAAUGAAAUCUCUUCUUCCAGGUUCUCAUUUGACCUCUUCUCAGUGUUGUUCUCUUAUUUAAGUUGCGCCAUACAUUCCAUUGAGUAUAGACCUUUCUAUUUUUUGCCGAAUUAUGGAACAAAUGGGGUAAAUAAAUUCCUCUUUUCAGGAAAUGUUUUCCUGAACUGUGUUUUUUUCUUGGAUCAUGGGUUAGGUUGAUCUCCGUGGUGAUAUCUUCGGAAUGUUGACUGCCCAUCCUCUGACGCCUCUGGUAUCACUUCACCACUUGGAUAACGUGGAGCCCAUCUUUCCUGGUAUGGAUAGGGUACAAGCGCUAGAGCACCUAUUCACAGCUGUGGCAGCUGAUCCAGGAAGAAUUCUUCAGCAAACAGUUUGCUACGACCGGUUGGCAUUGCAGACAGUGUCUAUAUCAUGGGGUUAUGCAGUUCAAGUCUUCAGUGGAAAUCAUCUUCUUCGUGACGUUCUUACCUGGCAGAAGACAUUUAUGCCAUGGAAAAGAGGCCGUAGUGCUUCUUCCAGUCAUUAUAUGUUCAACACGAGGGCAUUUCCCAAGGAUCCCUGUGCAAGGCCUGCCAUUUUCUUCCUAGAAGGUGUAGCUUUUGGUGUGGAUGAAAUAUACACCAAUUAUAGCAGGCACACCACAGAAAGCUGCCUUGGAAACAGGACAUCAAUGAAUUUGAAGAGAAUCAAGGUUUCCUCUCGGUUUCUCUUUCUUGGGAGUGGUCAGGUGAUGAACUGGUCUUUUUCUCUAUCAUUCUGUCGAUUCCCAGCUUGUGGUUGUCCUUUUGCUUCUAAAAAUAGAUAAUGAUAUGGUGCCAAGUAGGAAAGAAAUAUGAAGAGAGAUGAACAUAUGAGGAAAUGAACAAUUAGUUUCGAAGGAGAAGCCCUAUAUGAUACCAAGCUUGUGUAGAACUAUUGUGUGCUCCCUACCUCUUCAAUCUUGAGUAAAGUUACCAAUUAAAAGUAAUUGAAGCCUAUGCUGUCUACUGAAAGCUCUACCAUCUGAAGGUUCAGGUUAUUUCAUUCAUUCCAGGUGUUCCAAUGCACGGCUUAAUUUGGGAGGUCCUUUUUUCAGUUGUUUCUUGUAUUCUUAUGUGGAUUCUGAUUUCAUUUGUUGGAUAUUUUCAGUUGGUAGCUCCAAGACGCCACUGCUGUGACAUCUUGCCUUCAUCUGGCGAAGUGAUGGAGAUAAAGAUCAGAGAAUGUGGAGAUGAGCUAAUUGCUAUGUUGCCCAUGGUGGGAAAUUGA